AUGGAUUCUUAUGUUAGAAUUGAAGCAUUUUUCGAUAAAAUUGAAGAAUUUGAAACAAAUGAAAAGCUUUAUAUUUACAAUAUUGUUAGGAAUCCACAAAAUUAUUCUGAUAAUGAAUAUUUUGAUAAAGAAAUAGAGAAAGACGAAGGAACAAGAAGAGGAAGACCAAGAGAAAUAGGAAGAGAAAGACUAAAAGGAAUAAGAAGAGAAAAAUCAAGAGGAAAAGAAAGAUCAAGAGGAAUAAGAAAAAAACAAAAAGGAAAAAAUCAAGAGAAAAAUAAAAAUAAAUAA